CCCCGCCUCCACCUCCUCCUCCAUUUGACUGGGACGGCAGUGUGACUCAGCACCCAACAACAACCGGGAAGCAAAUAAAUAGGAACCCAGCGACUUAUUUAGGCGACGCUCGCUCAGAAGCAACCCCGCAGCAGUGAACCAUGGCUAGCUACCACAAACCCGACGAGAAGACCCUGCAGGGUCUGAAUGAUGUCGCCAACAAGCUGAGAAUUCACUCUAUCAAUGCAACAUGCGCCUCCAACUCUGGCCACCCUACAUCAUGUUGCAGUGCGGCUGAGCUCAUGUCUGUCCUCUUCUUCCACACCAUGCGCUAUAAAGCUGACGACCCUCGCAACCAGUGCAAUGACCGCUUUGUGCUGUCAAAGGGUCACGCUGCACCGAUCCUGUAUGCUGCCUGGGCAGAAGCUGGGUUUGUGAAAGAGUCAAAUCUGCUUAACCUGCGCAAGAUUGACUGCGACUUGGAAGGACACCCCACUCCAAAACUGGCGUUUGUUGAUGUGGCAACAGGAUCUCUUGGUCAGGGUCUGAGUGCUGCCUGUGGCAUGGCCUACACGGGCAAGUACUUUGACAAAUCCAGUUACCGCGUAUACUGUAUGAUGGGAGAUGGAGAGUGUUCCGAAGGCUCUGUGUGGGAAGCCAUGGCGUUUGCUUCCCACUAUCAGCUGGAUAACCUGGUGGCAAUCAUGGAUGUCAAUCGGCUUGGUCAGAGUGAGCCAGCGCCCAUCCAGCAUGACAUGGAGACUUAUCGCAAGCGCUGUGAAGCCUUUGGAUGGAAUACACAUGUUGUGGAUGGGCAUGAUGUGGAGGAGCUUUGCAAGGCAUUCUGGCAUGCUCAGCAGGUUAAGGGAAAGCCCACUUGCAUUGUUGCCAAAACAUUCAAGGGCAAAGGUCUCCCAGGUAUUGAGGAUCUUGAGAACUGGCAUGGGAAGCCCAUUCCAAAAGACAAGGUUGAUGGACUCUUGAAUGGCCUUCGGGAGAAAAUCCAAGUCCCAAACAAGACUUUGUGUCCUGAGCUGCCAAAUUUUGACACAGCACCUGCUGACCUAAGCCCAAUCUCCCUGCCCUCCCCUCCAGCAUACAAAAAGGGUGAAAAGAUGGCAACAAGGCGAGCUUACGGUGUGGCGCUGGCAAAGCUGGGCCAGGCAAGCCAGAGAGUGGUCGCCCUUGACGGAGACACCAAAAACUCCACAUUCUCUGAGACCUUCAAAAAAGCUUUCCCAAAGCGCUACGUUGAAUGCUUUAUUGCUGAACAAAACUUGGUGGGAGUGGCUAUUGGGUGUGCCACCCGUGACCGAACUGUGGCAUUUGUCAGUACUUUUGCUGCCUUUAUGUCCAGAGCCUAUGACCAGAUCCGAAUGGGAGCCAUUUCUCAGUCCAAUGUCAACUUGGUAGGGUCACAUUGUGGAGUCUCUAUCGGUGAGGAUGGACCUUCCCAGAUGGCGCUAGAGGAUUUGGCCAUGUUCCGUGCCAUCCCCACUUGUACCGUGUUUUACCCCAGUGAUGCAGUGGCCACAGAGAGAGCGGUCGAGUUUGCCGCAAACACCAAGGGUAUCUGCUUCAUUCGAACCAGCAGACCAGACACUGCAGUGAUCUACGCGCCGGAAGAAAAGUUUGAAAUUGGUGUUGCCAAGGUCGUCCGCCAGUCUGACAGUGAUGUUGUGACUGUGAUUGGAGCUGGUGUUACGCUCCAUGAGGCUCUUUCUGCUGCAGACAUGCUGGCAAGUGAAGGGAAAAAUAUAAGAGUCAUUGACCCGUUCACCAUCAAGCCUCUGGAUGCUGCCACCAUUUUGGCAAGUGCUCGAGCCACGGGAGGACAAAUCAUCACAGUGGAGGACCACUACAAGGAGGGUGGUCUUGGCGAAGCAGUGUUGUCUGCAGUAGGCAGCGAGCCAGGCAUUGUCGUGACUCGGCUGGCAGUCACAAGUGUCCCUCGGAGUGGGAAACCACAGGAACUUUUGGACCUCUUUGGCAUCAGUGCUAAGCAAAUAGCCAAGACUGUGCGUCAAAAAUUUGCCAACUAAGGAUAAUACAUAAGUGUUUUCAUGAAUGUUCUCCCUUCUAUCCAACUUGCCUGACAGUGUGCUAACUCCUAGUGUCAGUUUAAGACUAGAUUUAAUUAUGUGCUGUCAUUCAUUUGCUGAUGGAAAAUGCAGUAAGAUGACACUUUUUACUUCAUUCUACUCAUUCCAUAACAUGCUGUUGUUGCAUUCCAACUUUUUGUCCUUUUCACAUCUUAAGUGGUUCACUCUUUUACCUGGCUGACAAAUCUUUCCUGAAGUAGUCAGUGUUUUGAACAUAGAAAACCAGUGUUGUUCAGUUCGAUGCUAAUGUGCUGAAUUAAACAAAAUUAAUCCCA